UGCGGGAGGCCGGCCGGGCGGCCACAGCUCGCAGCCCCGCGCGCCGCCGGCUGGGCCGUGAGGAAGGCGCGGCUCUCCUGCCCGGGGGCCCCCGACGAGCAGCCCGGGAGCAGCAGGCCCGAGCCCGGCGGGGCCCCGGGCCCCGGGCCCCGAGGAGGAUGAGCUGGCUCUUUCCCCUGAGCAAGAGCGCCUCGUCGUCCGCGGCCGGGGCCCCCGGCGGCCUCACCAGCCUCCAGCAGCAGAAGCAGCGCCUGAUCGAGUCCCUCCGCAACUCACACUCCAGUAUAGCUGAAAUACAGAAAGAUGUGGAAUACAGGUUGCCAUUCACUGUGAACAACCUGACAAUUAACAUUAAUAUAUUGCUCCCUCCACAAUUUCCUCAGGAAAAACCAGUGAUCAGUAUUUAUCCACCAAUAAGACAUCACUUGAUGGAUAAACAAGGAGUAUAUGUUACCUCUCCAUUAGUAAAUAACUUUACAAUGCACUCAGAUCUUGGAAAAAUUAUUCAGAGUUUGUUAGAUGAGUUUUGGAAGAAUCCACCAGUUUUAGCUCCAUCUUCAACAGCAUUUCCAUACCUAUACAGUAACCCAGGUGGAAUGUCUCCCUAUGCUUCUCAGGGUUUUCCAUUUCUUCCUUCAUACCCACCACAAGAAGCUAACAGGACUAUCACUUCUUUGUCUGUUGCUGACACGGUUUCUUCUUCGACGACAAGUUAUACAGCAGCUAAACCAGCUGCCCCUUCAUUUGGUGUCCUUUCAAAUCUGCCAUUACCUGUUCCUACAACAGACUCUUCAGCACCGGUAAGUCAGAAUGGUUUUGGUUACAAGAUGCCAGAUGUCCCUGAUGCAUUUCCAGAACUCUCAGAACUAAGUGUGUCACAACUUACAGAUAUGAAUGAACAAGAGGAAGUAUUACUAGAACAGUUUCUGACUUUGCCUCAACUAAAACAAAUUAUUACUGACAAGGAUGACUUAGUAAAAAGUAUUGAGGAACUAGCAAGGAAAAAUCUCCUUUUGGAACCGAGCUUGGAAGCCAAAAGACAAACUGUUUUAGAAAAAUAUGAAUUACUUACACAAAUGAAAUCUACUUUUGAAAAGAAGAUGCAAAGACAGCAUGAACUUAGUGAGAGUUGUAGUGCAAGUGCCCUACAGGCAAGAUUAAAAGUCGCUGCACAUGAAGCUGAAGAAGAAUCUGAUAAUAUUGCUGAAGAUUUCUUGGAAGGAAAAACUGAAAUUGAUGAUUUUCUCAGUAGUUUUAUGGAAAAGAGAACAAUUUGCCACUGUAGAAGAGCCAAGGAAGAGAAACUUCAACAAGUGAUCUCGAUGCACAGCCAAUUUCAUGCUCCCCUCUAGAUUUUUUUUGAAAUUGCAAUGAACUGCCAAGGGAGGAAUUGGACACAAAACUGAGCACACUGAUAAUUAUGAUUUGCAAAUUGGCAUCUCAUCACAGUGGCUGAAAUAAUAGAUCCACUGUCCAGACAUACGGGACUGAGACUGACUUUGUACAGAUUUGAGUGAUUUCUUUGAUCUCUGCUCUCUGCUUGGAGAAAGUCUUCUGCACUAUUUGCACUAAAAUGUAUAUUGUUGAUAAGUUCUGUCAUAUUUAAGUUCUGCUCUUAUAUUAUUAAAUACAUAUGCAUGUAAUUUUAAUUGGUUUUAAUAUUUUAUAAAGAUUAUUUCACUUAAAUUUUUAUUAAUUUGAAAUUGCCUUAUUUCUUUAUCAAGAUUAAUUUGUUAUUUAGAUUUUUCUCUAAGCUUUUUUAGAACUUUCUAUUUUCAAUUGUAAAAGAUACUUUUCCUUUCUUUCUGGAUAAAACCUUCAAGAACAGUUUUGUUUUUAAAGUGUCGGGAAACACCAAGCCUGCCAAUGUGCCAUCUCAAGAAAGUUACUUUUAAUAUAUAAAUCAGAAGAAUAAACUAGUUGCUCUUGCAUACUGUUUCAUUUUUUUUUAAUUAAACUCACACUUAAGAAAAUGCACAGUUAAUAAUUUUUAGUUGGAAAUGCCUUUCACUUAAACUUUCAUGCAAAUUUUUUUUGUAUCUGAAGCAUUAUAGUUAGAUAAUGAUAAAAUCUUAGACAUAAAAAGUUCAUAAAUUUUUCUGAUCUUUACUGUUGGCUUUUCAGUGAGGAAAAACUAUAAUAAAAUUAAUACUAAUUUUAGGUACUCGAAUUUAAUUAGAUUUUCUUUUCACACUGUGCUGUGAUUAAUAAUAUGCUUCUAUGCCAGGUCACAGAAUGAACAUGUUUUAAGAAAAACCAAGAAAGCUAAUAAAGGAACAAGCUGUCAACCAUAUAACCAUGAAGUUUAGGAUAAAGCACAAAACAACCUGUGAGCAAUUGAGUUAGGAUAGGGGUUAAGGCACUUGCCUUGCAUGUAGUGGACCCUGGUUUGAUCCUCAGCAUUAAAUCUAGGAGUGACUUCUGAACACAGAGUCAACCCUGAGCACCACCAAAAACAAAAAAACAA